GCCACGGAGACCUUCUUCAACGCCUUUGCACACCGCCGCAUCCGCGACGCCUUUGUCGAGUACGCCCCGGACUUGAUUCUUAGCGUCCACCCGCUCGUCAAUACCCUCAGCCAGCACGUCCUGCACGAGCUCAACCAACGGUCGGGCUUGCCGCCCGUGCCCUACGUUACCGUCGUUACCGAUCUCGGCGGCGCCCACCCCACCUGGUUUCACGACGCUGUCGACAUGACCUACGUCCCGUCGCCCGGUGUGCACGCAGUUGCCGCACGCGUCGGUAUCCCGGAGCAGAGGAUGCGCCAGUUCGGCCUGCCCGUGCGGCACGACUUUUGGACCGCCGCCCCGGAGAAGGACGUCCUGCGCGCCCGCCUGGGCAUGCGCCCCGACGUCCCGGCCGUGCUUGCCAUUGGCGGCGGUGACGGCGUCGGCGGUUUGAAGGCGAUCGCCAAUACGCUCGCCGCGGACUUGCCGAAGAAGCUUGGCCAUACAAAUCUCCAGCUUGUCGUCAUCUGCGGGAAGAACAGCCAGCUCAAGCAAUGGUUGGAGACGAAGACCUGGGCUAUCGACGUCAUCCCGCUGGGCUAUGUCAAUAACAUGAGCGAGUGGAUGGGCGCGUGCGACAUCAUCUGCACGAAGGCGGGCCCGGGUACCAUCGCGGAAGCCCUCAUUCGCGCCUUGCCCAUCAUCAUCACAGGAUAUCUUCCUGGCCAAGAGGAAGCCAACGUCAAGUACGUUGUCGGUGAGAAGGUUGGCGCGCAUGCGAAAAAGCCCUCGCAAGUCGCCACCAUCGCCGCAGAAUGGCUCGCCGACCGCGACGCCUUGGACGCAAUGUCUCAGCGUGCCCUCGCCCUUGGGAAACCGAUGGCCUCGUUGGAAAUCGCCGCAGAUGUCAUCGAAGUUGCUCGCAAAAAGAUUGUCGAGAACAUGGCCAUCCUCGAGCGCCAGCGCCAGCUGCGCAUGGCGGAAGGCACGGGCGCCGGGCGCGACACAAAUCUUGUCCCCUCGAGCGAGGAAUCACACCUUGCCUUUCGCGUUAAGUUUUUGUUGAGAGUGGUCAUCGGUUCCAUGAUCGCGAAGAAGGCACUCAGUUACGAUAGCGACGAGUCGUGCACCCCGCCGUCGUCACCAAGAGCUUUGCCGGCUAGCUCUGACUGA